UCAUUGAGAACUCUGCACGCGAAACGAACAGUUUCGUUCAUACGUCGGAAAAUAGUAUUCUGUUGUUGUCAAUUGCCCUUGUGUUAAAUAUGAUCUGUGUGCUAUAAAUUCAAACACAACAUUAACGGUGUAAAAUAAAUUUAUGAUUAAAAUUUCAUGUGUUUAAUUAAUAAACUAUGGCUGUUGACAAAAUGAUAUGGAAGAUAAUUUUGGACAUCGUUGUGUUGGCGUGUGUUGCGGUACCCUUGUUAGUGAUAUAUCUAAGUGCUGAACCUUAUCGACGCGGCUACUUCGAAAACGAUGUCUCGUUAAUGUUGCCCUACAAAGAGCAAACAAUAUCAGAGGGCCUCCUAGCUGGUGUUGGAUUCGCUUUGAUUGCUGUUACGGUACUAAUUGUCGAAGUAGUACGUGACAAGCAAGGAAAAAAUGUCGGUGAGAAGUUCCUAUGCGCUUCUCGUAUACCAGGGUGGGUUUGGGAGAGCUACACGACCAUUGGUAUAUUUACUUUUGGAGCGGCGUGCCAGCAGCUGCUGGUGAAUUCCGCUAAAUACGUCAUUGGCAGACUAAGACCGCACUUCUUUGAUCUAUGCCGACCGAGUCCAGCUGCGGGUUCAGAUAUAAGUCCAACCACCUACAUCCAGGACUACUCGUGUACAAACCCAAUGGCCGAUCUCGCUCGCCAGACAGAUAUGAAACUUUCAUUCCCGAGCGCGCAUGCUAGCUUCGCUAUGUACACAGCUGUGUUCUUCAUUUUCUAUAUCCAAGUGAAAGGCAAGUGGCGCGGUUCGAAGCUCCUGAGGCACGGGGUACAGUUCGCGGCGGCGACGGGCGCGUGGUACGUGGGGCUGUCGCGCGUGGUGGACCACAUGCACCACUGGGGGGACGUGGCCGUGGGGUUCGCUGUCGGGGUGCUCUUCGGUGCUAUUGUGUUUGUAUAUGUAUUGAAACCGAAGAAGUACGGAAUUCCAGGGUCGUGGGAGACAACGCAGCCCCAAAUGUUGCCGAGACCGGUGCUCGCACGGUGAUCUACCGUUAAAUAGUAUAUAUGUAUAUAAAUAAUUAAAUAAUUUUGAUCAGAAAACAGACUGUUUAUGGACGGUGAUACUUUUAUAUGAGAUUAUAUAUAGCUACCAAAACAUAUUAGACAAAAUAAAUGUAUUUUGUAACUCUUGA